AUGUUGGGUAUUACAGAAGUUAUUGACAAUUUGUAUAUAUCUGGUCUUGAGUCCCGUCAAGCGAUAUUAACUAAAGGUAUUCGUUGUGUUAUUAAUAUAUCAUCGGAAUGUCCAAUGCAAGAUCUUGGUCCAACAGUUGAAUAUGAAAAAGUAAGCAUACUUGAUUUACCAACAACAUCAAUACAACCUUAUUUUGAUCGAUUAACUGCUCGUAUACAUCAAAAUUUACAACAAGGAAAAAAAACACUUGUUCAUUGUUAUGUUGGUAGAUCAAGAUCAGCAACUAUUAUUUUAGCCUAUUUAAUGAAAUAUAAACAAAUGUCAUUACGUGAAGCAUUCCAUUAUUUACGUGCUCGUCGGCAUAUUAUCGGACCAAAUUUUGGUUUUAUCAAACAAUUAAUUAUGUAUGAAAAAUCUUUAUUUGGUUAUACAUCCGUUUCAUUUGUGAAUACAUCAUUUGGUUCUGUACCUGAUAUUUAUUUAUCAAUGCCAACAUCACGUCCACUUCGACAACCGACAAGAACAAUAAUACCAAAUCAAACAACAAAUAAUAAUACAUUAGGUAGAACAUUAUCAUCACCAAAAGCAACACUAGGUAAUUCAUCACCAAUACGUUCAUCUUUUUUAUAUUCAUCAUCUCCAACAUUAUCAUUACCACCACGUCAAAACUCAGUUUUUAAUCGUUCAACAACAAGUGCAUUACCUCCACGAUCAACAACAACAUUAUCUAGUUAUACAAAUACUUAUAAUCAUGCUGCUAAUAGUAGUCAUAAUCGUCCGGUGAGUUCAUCGACUGUAUAUCAAAAUCAUGCAUCAACAACUGGAAAUAAUAAUAUAACAAAUUCUUCAAUAAAUCGGCAACAACCUGAACAAUCACGUAUAAAUUCCACAUCAACAAAACCAUUUGAAUUAACUCGUGAAUUUGUCAUUCCAACUAAAUUUAAUGCAUAUCGAACAGUCAAAUAUGUUCCAUCAUCUUAUAAUCGUUAUCAUCUUCAGUAG